UGUACUGUGAUGGAGGAUUGCGACCAAUCGCUCUGGCGGCCGUACCCCGUCGCACGGCUGCCGCAGCUCACGGCACACAUUGUCGAGGACCACCCCACGCCCGGAUGCGCGACCGUCACGCUCACGUCGUCGGACGAGGCCGCCGUGCCGUCAAGCUCGUUUGUCGCUGACUUUGCGACGCUGGCCAAGUGCGACCGCGGCCGCAAGUGCCUCGCUUCCAUCCAAACAAUGCUGCUCGAGAACCAGCCAGCGCACUUGCAGCUGCUCUUCCGCGUCAUGGCAGACAGCCCGCACAAGACCAGCUACGCCGCCUGGGUCGCGACGGGCGAGGCCAUCCUUGCAGACAUGGACGCUGCAUCUGCCGCAUCUGCCUCCUCCUCGACCACAACCACGGCUCAAGAGACACAGGCAAAGGGACGCAGGCUCAAGGGACUCAGCCGCUCCCUCAACUCGACACCCCAUCGCCAGCAGUUGUGGCCGCGAGCCUCGCCACUCCGACGACCGAGCUGCUCGCAGCAUCGCCCACAUCGUGGUAUCCACACAGCCGCACGCUCAUUCGUGUCAAUAGGCACGAGAAGUUUCUCCUGAGCGAAAAUCGCGGUAAUUGGGACGACGGCAUCGAACGCUCGUACUCUGACCUGGUACUGAUGGCCUUGCGCGUGAUCGCCUACUACUGGCACGCCGGCCGUUUACCAUUCGAUCGCUACCUCAUCCAGACUGCGCAUAUUCCGACUCAACUUGUGAUGCUGGGGCGCGAUGUCGCUCCAAAGCAGAUGAUCGCUGAGAUUGUCGAAGGCGUCAACCAGCUCGGUCUGCCCUUGGACGAAGGCAUGAUCGACGGCGCAAAAGAAGCGCAUGAAGCGUACGCUCUGCCGCAUUUGCGCCUCUACCCGCGAUUCGACUGGGACGAGUGGCAGACAUACCACCUGACCUGCCCCCUCCUCGUCCGGCACCUCUUCCUGGCUGUCUGGCACGGUGACAUCCCCAGCCUGAGACAGAAGCUCGGCGAGCUGUCGGCACUUGUUGACAGCGGCGCUCCGCUGCGCCAGGCGCUGCCGAAACUCAACUUUCAUUCAAAGAGCGACAUCCCGGCAGCGGAAGUGCUGAGCUAUAUCGUCCAGCGAGUGCGGUUUGAUAACACGCCGCUCAAUGAGCGCUCAAGGAAUUGGUGGUAUUAUCUGCCCAGGAGCAAGACUGACGCUGACCGCACGCUCGCCUCUGUGCUGACCGGCGAGCUACUCACAAGUUGCAUUUCGCGCUGCCAAAGCCAUGUCACGCUCCUGCAUCUCGCGGUGCUGCGGCGCCAUGCUGAUGUGAUCCGCAUCCUGGUGAUGGAGUGCGGCAUGCCCGUCGAGCUCGGCCUUUGGGCCGCAGUGCGGUAUGGCCUCGUCGACAUGGCCCGGCUGAUGUUGGAACUUGGGGCGACACCGACCCGUUUUCUUCUUGAUGGGGUCGUUCGCAACCUCGACUGCGACAUGCUCCGCUUCCUUGUCGCGGCUGGCGGCGUCGUCACGGCCCGGGAGCUCACCGUGUACACCCUUGAGCACGACAUCCCACGCGCUGACUUCCUUCAGGCGUUGCUUGAGCUCGGCGCGCCCAUCGACGCUCAGGUGCCGGCUCGGUACUAUAAUCCGACUUCUGGACAAAGUACAAGACCACAUCUCGUCGAUCUGCUGCCUCGCCUGGCAGCCAAGAGUACGCGCAUCGUCCCGCUGCUUCUGUCAUACGGGGCGCGGAGAGGAGCACGAGCUGCACUGCAACACGCUCUCCUCGCACGCGAUCUGGAGGUCUUCCGACUGCUGCUGCAAUCCAUCCCCAUAUCCGAGCUUGAUAUGCAUCUGUGGGCCGAGUUAACUCCCCAGUGGCUGCCCGUGACGCCAUCCAGGCCACUCUCGCCAGCUGAACAAACCCGUUUCAUACUCGCGAUCGUGGAGUACGGGUUGCCACUGCCCAGCGCCCUUCCCGCUGCCGACGGAACGGAGUUUGACUUGUUCGCCAACCGCAAAUCGUACGACCUUGCUGGACUCUCGAACACCGAGAAGAGCAUUUACCGAGGUCAGUUCGCUGCGUCUUCCGUUGCCUUCAGCGAGGACACUGCGGCCAUUCGCAUGCUCAUUGACCACGGCAACGGCGCACCCUGGCUUUUGUUGCUUUGUGCGUCUGUUCGGCCUGAGUGCCCCGACCAGUUGCUCUGCCAAAACGUUGAGCUGCUUAUUUACGCCCUGUCGCGACUGGAGCACGAUGCGGCUGCGCUUGUGAGCGAGCUGUGUUUGCUCGAAACAGCUUGCGAGUUACGUUCGGCCAGUUGUGUUCUUUUUUUGCGGCUACUUGGCAUUCCAGUCAACUAUAGCCGAGAAGAGUUACUUGCCCGGUUUCGCGCUGCGGUCGCGCGCCAGCGCCGUCGUGACAUGACAGUGACGGAAAUGCUGAUGGAGCCUUGGGCGCAAGUCUGGAUUGCCAUGCUCACUCCCCCCAAGAUGUCGCUGUUGAAUAGUGCUCGCCGGGCGCUCUUCCGCGCGCCGCAGCCGUUGCGCCGGUUUCUGUAUGAUGACGCCCAGCAUACGUUCGGCGAUUUGUACGAGCCGAUUCCGCCGUCGUCGGAACUACUCGCCGAGGCACGCGUGGAUGUAUGAGGUGCGCCUUUUGGGGUUCUUGUAUUUGUAUGAGCGUUAUGCUUGGAUAAUCAUUUUGUUAGAAUAUUGUCUUCAAAAAAACCAA